UCUUUUCCUUGUCUCCCCCGCUGCAUCCCCUGCCUCCCCGUCUUCUCCUGUUUCGCCAGAUUCUCUCCCAAUUUCUCUGAGUCCGAACGGCCAUCACUAUGCUGAGAGAUGAUCUAUGCAUCACAAUUCCCAGCUUCUUCCGGUGCCCUAUCUCUCUCGACGUCAUGAAAUCCCCAGUCAGCCUCUGCACCGGAGUAACCUACGAUCGUUCCAGUAUCCAACGCUGGCUCGACGACGGCAACACCACCUGCCCCGCCACCAUGCAGGUCCUCCAAUCCAAGGAAUUUGUCCCCAACCUUACUCUGCAAAGGCUUAUCCAGAUCUGGACUGACUCCGUUCGAACCCGGGUCGAAUCCGCCGGCUCCCCUGCUGCCAAAUCGGUCCCGUCCCGGGACCAAGUCCUUGACGCUGUCACAGAUUUGAAGGCCAAGAGCGGGAACCCUUUGUGCUCCCUUGCUGGAAUUCUAUCCUUUGCUGAAGAAUCCGAAAACAAUCGGGAGUUCCUGGCCAAAAUAGAGGGGUUGGUGCCUUUGCUCGUUGGUUUCCUCGACAAUGUUGAUGGUGGAAUCCCUCGGAGCGUUGAAUUUCUUGAAAAAGUUGUCAAGGCUCUGGACUUCGUCCUCAGUAAAGCCCAAGAUGACGAGACAGUGAAACAUUCGAUUGUGAAGAACCAGCAAGGCAAUUGUAUAGCUUCUCUACUUCUUGUUCUGCAACGAGGCAGCUCUGAUUCGAGAAUCGCAUCGGCUAAGGUUUUGAAAUUCGCCGCUGCGGAUGUUGAAUCAAAAAUCUUGAUCGCUGAAAAGGAAGGCCUGAUUCGUGGAUUGUUUAAAAUGAUAUCAUCAGACGGAGAUGCGAUGCUAAUCGAGAACGGCUUGUCCUGCUUGGUGGCAAUCUCAACGCCGAAACGAAACAAGGCGAGAUUGAUCCAUCUCGGAGUUGUGAAGACAUUAUCGGAAUUGCUUUCGGAGUCGAAGUGGAGCGUUGCCAUCACCGAGAAUGUACUGACGCUGCUCGAAACGGUGUCGUCGACCAGGGAAGGAAGAUCGCAGAUUUGUGAGGACCCGACUUGCGUGGCGUCGAUACUGCAGAAGGUCCUGAAAGUGUCGAAUGCGGCGACGGAGCACGCAGUGACUAUACUCUGGAGCGUGUGUUAUGUAUUUCGUGAUCAGAAGGCGCAGGAAGCGGUGACGAAGGCUCACGGUUUGACCAAGAUUCUGCUUCUGAUGCAGAGCAAUUGUUCGCCAGGAGUUCGUCAAAUGUGCGCCGAUUUGCUCAAGAUUUUCCGGGUUAACUCCAAAUCAUGUCUCUCCUGCUACCACACCAAGACCACCCAUAUCAUGCCCUUUUGAUCAAUACUCUCCUCUCAUCCAGAAACACACUAAAAAGGAAAAAAGAACAAAGGUUGUAAAUGAAACGAAAUUUUGUUAGUGAAUAGUCAAAACUGAAAAGCGAAAUUCAUUUUUAGGUUGCUGUCCUGUGUGUUCCCAGAUUAGAUUUUUCUUUUUCCGCCUACUUUUUAACCCUGUUCUGCUCCGUAAAUGCACGUGUUGUUCCUAUAUCACAUCACAGCGGAAAGUUGAAUAGAAAGAUUCUUUCCUUUGGACCAAAA